AUGCUACCAGAUGUAUUAAAAGCCAUAAUUGAAGUACUUAAGGAUUAUAUUAAGUCACCAACAAACGAGGAGCAAUGGAAAGCGAUUGCGAAUGAUUUUGACAAGCGAUGGAACUUUCCACAUUGUAUUGGCACCAUGUAUGGAAAACAUGUGGUCAUCCAAAGACCAGAAAAUACAGUGGGCGAAUUUCAUAACUACAAAGGAACACAUAGCAUAGUAUUGUUUGCAAUUGUAGAUGCAAACUAUUGUUUUACAUAUGUUAAUGUUGGUUGUCAGGGUCGUAUUUCGGACGAUGGUGUUUUCAAAUCCACUUCAUUUUAUAAGCAAAUUGAAAAACACGAAUUCAAUUUACCAAAUAGUGAACCACUACGUGGUAGAACCAUGUCAGUACCUUACGUAUUAGUUGCUGAUGAUGCGUUUGCACUAAGUACCUAUACUCUGAAACCAUAUUCAACCGAUUUAAAUGUGGGGUCACCAAAAAGAGUGUAUAAUUAUAGGUUAUCAAGGGCAAGACGUAUCGUUGAAAAUGCGUUUGGGCUUCUCGCAUCUGUAUUCAGAAUAUUCCGUAAGCCCAUUUAA